UAAAGCAAAGUGGGCUUUCGAUCUUUGUUUAUUAAGCAAUAUAAAUCGCCAACAGAAGCAGGCCGUGACAGGAGGAUUGAACAACCAUCAUGCUCAUCAAUGGUAUCACAUGGUACCACUCAAUAAUAACUCCUUAGCCAAUUCUUGAGAGUCCUAAAUUUUAUUACUUAUCUAUAUUCGCAGAAAGAUAUGAUGACAACAGACCAUGCUUGAGUUUCUUGAUAUCGUUAGGAAAAUCGAACCCUCUUUGCUUUUAGUUUCUGGUUUUGUUUCUUUCUGAUGAAUAUGGCAGCUGAUUCAUUUGAUGAAGAGUGCGACUAUCUUUUCAAGGCUGUUCUUAUUGGUGACUCUGCUGUUGGGAAAUCUAAUCUUCUUUCAAGGUUUGCCAAGGAUGAAUUUCACUUGGAUUCCAAACCAACCAUAGGGGUUGAAUUUGCUUAUAGAAAUGUUAAGGUUGGUGACAAGGUCAUCAAGGCUCAAAUUUGGGAUACUGCUGGCCAAGAAAGAUUUAGAGCAAUUACGAGUUCAUACUACCGUGGGGCAUUGGGAGCUUUGCUGGUGUAUGAUAUUACUAGAAGAGAAACUUUUGAACACCUCAAAAAAUGGUUGUAUGAGCUUAGAGAAUUUGGGUGCUCAGACAUGGUUGUAGUACUUGUUGGCAACAAAUGUGAUUUGGGAAGCUCAAGAGAGGUCAAUUUAGAAGAUGGGCAGAGCCUUGCGCAGCUUGAAGGCCUAUUAUUCUUGGAAACGUCUGCAAAGGAAAAUUUGAAUGUGGAAGAUGCAUUUAACCAAAUGAUCGCCAAAAUUCAUGAAGUUACAAGCCAGAAAAGCUUAGAAGCCAAGAUGAAUGAACUACCUGCUCCAAUUCUUCAGGGGAAAAAGGAAAUCAUUUUUAUUGAUCAUGAUGAAGUAUCUGCUACUAAACAAACUACUACUUGUUGUUCUUAUUGAGUUUAAUUGGUUGGUAGAGAAAUGGACCACAGCAAACAAAAGAUUACUUCCUUUUUCUUUGACAUCAUCUUUUAUGCCUUGUCAGAUUUAUGGUUGAAUUUUGGAGACAUUAGGGUUUUGUUUGAUCUAACUCUAAUAGAAACUACCCAGAAUUCAUUUCCUGCA